AUGUUCAAGCUCCUGUGUUUGUUUGCUGUUGUUGUGGUCGUAGCAGCGAUGCCACAUGCACCUGAAUGGCCAGCUCCAGGUCCAGCUCCGGUGGGAAGAAUCGUGAAGCGAGAAGUAAAGGAACCUCAAAGAAUUCCGCUCAAUCCAGAAAAUUCUAAGGAAGCUCCUGCAAACGCCGUCACUGCUGAUGACGAUAUGGAUAAGGCAGAGACAUUCGGCUUUGGAUACCAUCAUUAUUAUGCCUACCCGAGAUACUACUACCCAAGCUAUUCUUAUGGAUAUUACCCUCGGUACCACUACGGCUACUAUUGGUAG